AUGAGUACAUCCACCGAAGAGUCAUCUAGUAAGAAAAAGAAGACAUCUGAUAAAGAGGGUGAUUCCUCACCCGAAGAUAGUUAUACUCAUCUUUAUAAAGAAAUCGUUAAAGCCAAAACUCAAAAUGAUUCUGCUAGUCAAAGG